ACAAAGCUGCUGAUUUGUUGAAGCAAAAACAAGAGGAGGAGAAACGUGAGACAUAGAGAGAUAGGAAAGAGGGGGAGGACAGAAAGAGAUGAAGUGAGUGAUCGUGCCUUGCCACACAGACUUGAAGUGCAUUCUCCCUUAGAGACGGUAGCAAUGCUGGAGCUUAACAUAAGAGAACAACUGUAGAGUCUCCCCUGCACUCUCACUGAGCUGUGAAACCACCCGGACAGAAGCACAGCAUCAGGAACAGUGAAGCUGAAGAGUUUUACAAAGUCUGGACGAAAGAGGAAGAGCUGAUCUAAUAACAGGAAGGGGGCUUUUUUAGUGUGUGGAGGCGAAUCGGGGGAGUCAGCAUUCUGAGGAUGUACCAGGGGAGCUGCUGAGCGUUUGGCUUCUGUACCCGCUUUCACACACCUACACACACCUUCCACAGGAGGACAGUGUGUGGUGCCCCCAGUGGAGAAUGAAGAAGCACUCGGCACGAGUGGCUCCUCUCAGCUCAUACAGCACUCAGGUCCUAACCUGCCCCAACUCUGAAGGAGAGGAUGGUUCAGAGUCUCGUCCAGAAACUCCAGGCAGUGAGACAAGUAUAGAGAUUCGGUCCUACCAAACAUGUGCCAACACAGUUCUGAAGGUGCUCGGCGGUCUUUUGAUGCUUCUCUGCGUGUCCUCCUCCUGGGUGGGUACCACUCAGGUGGUGAAGCUGACCUUCCAGUCAUUUUCCUGUCCCUUCUUCAUCUCCUGGUUCAGCAGUAACUGGAACAUCCUCUUCUUCCCCAUCUACUACUCUGGACAUUUCUUUACUGCCGGCGAGAAGCAGACUCCCAUUCAGAAAUUUAGGGAGUGCAGCAAACUCUUUGGGGAGGAUGGAAUGACUCUCAAGCUUUUUGUUAAAAGGACAGCUCCCUUCUCCAUCCUAUGGACGCUGACCAACUACCUGUACCUCUUAGCCUUGAAGAAACUGACAGCCACUGAUGUCUCUGCACUCUUCUGCUGCCACAAAGCCUUUGUCUUUCUCCUCUCAUGGAUCGUCCUAAAGGACCGUUUCAUGGGUGUUCGGAUAGUUGCAGCCAUAAUGGCCAUCACAGGUAUUGUCAUGAUGGCUUAUGCAGAUGGAUUUCAUGGGGAUUCCUUCGUGGGUGUGGCUCUGGCCGUGGGCUCUGCCUCGACUUCAGCUCUUUAUAAGGUUCUUUUCAAGAUGUUCCUCGGCAGUGCCAACCUUGGAGAAGUUGCGCAUUUUUUUUCAACAAUGGGCUUCUUCAACCUUAUUUUUAUCUCCUGUGUUCCCCUCAUCCUCUACUUUACCAAAGUGGAGCAUCUGGGUUCCCUUUCCUCGCUACCCUGGGGUUACCUGUUUGGACUGGCAGGACUGUGGCUGGUUUUUAAUAUUCUGGUCCAUGUGGGAGUGGUGCUGACUUACCCCAUCCUCAUCUCCAUUGGGACACUGCUCAGUGUGCCGGGAAAUGCAGCUGUAGAUGUUUUGAAACAUGAGGUGAUUUUCAGCGUGGUGCGUCUGACAGCCACCUGCAUCAUCUGCCUUGGGUUUCUACUCCUCCUACUGCCGGAGGAGUGGGACUCAGUUACUCUUCGAUUCCUGGCCAACAUUGCUGAUAAGAAGUCAGAGGAACACGGAGAGGAACUGACGGAGUCCAGUGGCCAGACUCGAAGUCGGAGUCGAGCAAACGGCGCCAUCUCCAUUCCCUUGGCAUGACAUGGCUGGAUUCUCAUGUUAAUAACGGUCCAUCUGCUUCCACCCUGAGGUUCUGGGAGUAAGCUCAGUCAAUGUGGACUUCAAAUCCAGGAGGACAACACUGACUCAGAUAAAAUGUAAUCGUUACUUUCCAGAUGUACCUCUUCCAGUUCAGAAAGGGGGAGCAGAACACUUAUGGAUCAAGGAAGCCUAAAAAGCUGAAGGUGGUAUCUACUGUCCGGAAAUAGCUGCAUUGCUCAAUCUUAUGCCCUGCACGCAUCCCCAAGCAAAAGCUGAGUGGCUUCUCUUGACAUGCUCUGCAGACUGUAUUCUGUGAAUAUAAAUUUUGGCAGGGCCAGUUUGGCUCAAAAUAUAUCUAUUUAUUUAAAUCUGUUCCAGGUACAGUAUUGAUUUAAAGUCUAACUGAGCAGUCUUACUGACAAAAAUGGCUAUUAUACUAUGCUCAAUGCAAAGCUCUUUUGGUUUCAUAAUAAAAUACUUACAGCCUUUACAGAAGGAGUUCCUAUUUUAAGUUACGGUGAAGGCUGGAAUUACAUGGUGUCAUGUUUUUUGUUUUUUCUAUUUUGUUAUAUUUAUCAUUUCAGAAAAGCACGAAUCCACAUUAGAGCAGCAUAAAAUUCAUAUUCAAAUGAUAAAACAUGGUGGUUGAUUUAUGUUGUCUUACAGAAAACUGGCUUAAGCAAAAGGGUUAUGUGUGUAAAAAUUGUGAGGGGUAGUGAUUUUGGCAUGUGUCAGAUAAAGAACUUUGAAAGCUUACAGCCUUUAAUGGACAAUAAACUCCCCUGCAUACCUAUGUUUGCUAGAAUAAUAUUAGUUUCCAACUCUGACAACAGAAAGAGGAUGUUUGUAAUAAUUUUAGCCAAUGUAAAAACUGAUUUAACAGGGAAAUAGGUUUUCUUUGCAUAAAAAAAUAUUUG